AUGAAACUAGACACCGGAGAUGUCGCUCUCUGUCGGAGAGGAGGGACUCCACCGGCUGGGUGUCGCUGGAGAGGAAGGGAUCCACCGGUUGGGUGUCGCUGGAAAGCGCUGGAUGGCGAGGCGGGGCUGGACGGAGGUCAAAAGUGGGAGGCAUCGGCGCUAAGAGAAACGUCGGAGGUAGGAGAAGCUGUCGACGUCGAGAACUUAGAAGAAGAGAAAGGGUUUUGUCGAAGUGAGAAAGAGAGAAAGGGAAAUUGA